GUGCAGGGGGUGGGGGCCCGCCAGCCAUGGCCUUCACCUUCGCGGCUUUCUGCUACAUGCUCUCUCUGGUGCUGUGCGCCGCCCUCAUCUUCUUCGCCAUCUGGCACAUCAUUGCCUUCGACGAGUUAAGGACAGAUUUUAAGAGUCCCAUAGAUCAGAGCAACCCCGUUCAUGCGAGGGAACGGCUAAGGAACAUCGAGCGCAUCUGCUUCCUUCUACGAAAGCUGGUGCUGCCCGAAUACUCCAUCCACAGCCUCUUCUGCAUCAUGUUCCUGUGUGCUCAAGAGUGGCUCACGCUGGGACUGAACGUCCCUCUCCUUUUCUACCACUUUUGGAGGUAUUUCCACUGUCCGGCAGACAGUUCAGAACUAGCCUACGACCCACCGGUGGUCAUGAACGCAGACACCUUGAGUUACUGUCAGAAGGAGGCCUGGUGUAAGCUGGCCUUCUAUCUCCUCUCCUUCUUCUACUACCUUUACUGCAUGAUCUACACUUUAGUGAGCUCUUAAUGCAAAGACCAUGCACGUCAUCAGAGACUGGGAAGAAAGAGGCCCGAGGCCGAGAAGUGCAUUUCUGCUGGUGACUGGAGAAGGAACCAAAGUGGGGGCAUGUGAGAAAGAGACCUGGCAGGAAGGCUGACUGAGCUGGAGCUGGAAUGGCACAGUAGCUGGGGGCUGAGUUAAUCCUGCGUGUCUGUCAUUGCCCUGUGUGUCAGUCUUUGGCAUUCGAAUCCCACACACGGGUUGUAGAGCCCUUCUGAGCAUUGAGGGCGUGGAGGAGUAGGUGACGAAACAAUUGCACCUUUCUUGAGAGAGAAUCCCUGCUUCUGAGUCCACUUCACUGAACAGCACCUUGCAAGUUCACACCGAGUUCCUGGGCCAUGGGAGUGGAGGCUGGAAGCCUACAAGAUGUCUGCUAAGGAAUAGAGUGACCCAGAGUUAAGGCCAAGUCUGUGGGGACCCAUUGAAGGCCUCAAGGUUGAAUGUGGUGGGCUGCCCAAGACUCUUGUUGCAUUUCUUCCGAGCCGCGGCCAUGCCCUUCACCUCAAACAGGAGUGCUGGAGGAUGUGUGGGAUUUGCCUUCAGCUAUAACCAGCCUGGCGCCUGCAGGGCUGUUUUCAGCUGGGGAGGAAGACAGAUAGGAAAAAUGGAUUUCUAAAACGUUUGCAACAUGUUCAAGGUGUUAGUCCUUCACCACCACAAGUUGUAUUCUUCUGUUGUCACCCCAAACCAUCACAGUCUUUUAAUACAAAUCACUUGGUCAAUGCUAGUCAAAGCUACAUUCUCAGAAAGAUCCCAAAACAGUUCUGAGCCCAGAAAAUCCUGUAGAGUGGCUGCUCUGUACCAUGGGCACCCGGCAGCCAGGAAAUGAGACAGUAUAAUUAUAACUUCAUGUUAUGAUGCUGCAUCAUUUGUACUGUUUAGUUCAAUGUGGGGACAUCAGCUUAUUUAGAAUUUUCCAUUUGUUGUUCUCUCUCUUUUGGGUGGGAAUUGUGCUGGGGGUUGUAAAUAAUGACAAGGCUGAGAUUUUUAUGAUGUUUAAAUCGGGCUAGGUGAUUUUGACCUUCUUCCCCAAACUUCCUUUCUUUUCUACCAUUUGACAUCCAUAGGCUAUUUAUACAUGUACCCAACUCAUCUGAAACCUGUGACUCAGGUUUAUGAAUGGUGUUUGUGUAACAACCCAUUGUGUGCUAUGUUUAUUAAAAUGCAGUGACAACUUGA